UUUAGCCCAUUUUUUGCAUAAAAAAUUCCUAAACUACAUGGUUUGUUAUACAACACCUGAACAUCCCCUAAACUUGAGAAACCACUCAGCUUCUCUCACUCAUAUGGAAUUUUGAGCCUCGAAUUGAUGAAGCUCGUUCCAGGAAAACGGUCGAUGUUGUAAAACCAUGAAUGCUAAAACGAAAAGGAGAACUGUUGCGGAAAAUGGUGACACUGGGACGGGUGAGGACUUAGUCCUUGCUACGUUGAUAGGGAAUGGGGAGGAUUUGAGUCCCCUUGUUCGGCAUGCCUUUGAAACGGGGCGUCCUGAUCCACUCCUUCAACAGCUGAGGAACUUGUCGAAGAAGAAGGAAGCGGAGAUCGAGGACUUAUGCAGGCUUCAUUAUGAGGAAUUUAUAAUCGCAGUUGAUGAGCUCCGUGGAGUGCUUGUUGAUGCAGAGGAGCUCAAAGCCGAGCUCCAAACUGAUAACUUUAAAUUGCAAGAGGUUGGGGCCUCUCUUUUGUCUAAACUUGAUGAAAUUCUGGAAUCAUAUUCGAUAAAGAAGAAUAUAAGUGAAGCUAUUAAGAUGUCCAAGAUGUGCUUUCAAUUGUUGGAGCUUUGUUCAAAGUGUAAUGCCCAUGUGUCUGAGGGGAAAUUUUAUCCUGCUCUGAAGACUAUUGAGUUGAUUGAGAAGGAUUACCUGAAGAAUAUCCCUGUCAGAAAGCUAAGGUUGGUAGUGGAACAUAGAAUUCCACUCAUCAAGUUGCACAUUGAGAAAAAAGUGUGCAAUGAAGUUAAUGAAUGGCUAGUUCAUAUCAGGACGUUGGCCAAGGAUAUCGGACAGACAUCAAUAGCACAUACUGCAUCAGUGCGCCAGAAGGAUGAAGAUAUGAAGGCUCGUCAGAGGGAAGUUGAAGAAAACAAUCGUUUACAGCUACCAGAGGCUGCUUACAGUUUAGACGUUGAAGAGAUAGAUGAGGAUUUGAGUUUGAAGAUUGAUCUUACCCCUAUCUACAGGGCAUAUCACAUCCAUAAAUGCCUUGGUAUAGAGGAAAGGUUUCGGGAGUACUACUAUAAUAAUCGGCUUGCGCAACUCAACUCAGACUUGCAGAUUUUCUCAUCACAGCCAUUUCUUGAAUCUCAUCAAACCUUCUUAGGCCAGGUUGCUGGCUAUUUUAUAGUGGAAGAUCGUGUUCUUCGGACUGCAGGAGGUUUAUUGGAAGAAAGUCAGGUUGAGACUAUGUGGGAAACUGCUGUUUCUAGGAUCACUUCUGUGGUUGGGGGGCAAUUUUCGCAGAUGACUAAUACAUCACAUUUCCUUCUUAUCAAGGAUUAUAUGACACUUUUUGGUGCGACUCUGAGAUAUCAUGGGUAUGAAGUUAAAUCCCUCCUUGAGACUAUUAAUGGCACCAAAGAUAAGUAUAGCAAGCUUCUUAUGGAAGAGUGCCGCAAGCAGAUUUUUGAUAUAGUUGCUAAUGAUAGCUUUGAGCAAAUGAUAUUGAAAAAAGAAUCUGACUACCAGGGAACCGUGCUCUCUUUUCAGCUCCAGACAUCAGACAUCAUGCCUGCCUUCCCAUAUGUUGCACCCUUCUCCUCCAUGGUGCCAGAAGCUUGCCGUGUUGUCAGAUCAUUUAUAAAGGACUUUGUAAAUUACUUAUCUUCUGGCGGGGAAGCAAACCUUUUCGAUGGUGUGAAGAGGUGUCUGGAUACGCUAUUGAUCGAUGUACUUAACGAAGUCAUACUUGAUAAGAUUAGUGACACCUCCAUCGGUGUCUCAAAAGGAAUGCAGAUUGCUGCAAAUGUAGCUUUCCUUGAAAAAGCGUGUGAUUUCUUCGUCAAGACCGCAACACAUCUUUGUGGAGUUCCCACACGUUCAAUGGACCAUCCUCAAUCUACUUUAACAGCUAAGGUGGUCCUGAAAACAUCAAGAGAUGCAGCAUAUAUAGCUCUUCUGAGUUUGGUUAACAAUCAGCUGGAUGAAUUUAUGUCACUUCCUGAAAAUAUUAAUUGGAUACCAGAGGAGAUACUGGAGAAUGGACAUGAAUACAUGAAUGAGGUGAUAAUUUAUCUUGACACUCUUCUGUCCACCGCCCAGCAAAUUUUACCUAUGGAUGCUUUAUACAAGGUUGGCAGUGGGGCUCUUGAGCAUAUCUCCAAUUCUAUCACAGGUGCAUUUCUUAGUGAAAGUGUCAAAAGGUUCAAUGCUAAUGCAGUUGUGGCUAUUGACAAUGAUCUGAAGAUUUUGGAGAACUUUGCUGAUGAGCGGUUUGAGAGCACUGGUUUGAGUGAAGAUUACAAGGAUGGUCAUUUCAGAUAUUACCUGAUAGAAGCACGCCAAUUACUAAACCUUCUGUUGAGCAGUCAACCAGAAAACUUCAUGAACCCUGUUAUCCGGCAGAAGAAUUAUAAUGCUUUGGAAAUUAAGAAGAUUGCUAUUAUCUGCGACAAAUUCAAGGAUACUGCAGAUAGUCUGUUUGGAAGUCUUUCGAAUCGAAAUGCAAAGACUAGUUCCAGGAAGAAAUCUAUGGAUGUUUUGAAAAGAAGGUUGAGGGACUUUAGCUAGGACAAGCUUCUAAUUAUGUGAGCCAGAAAGAAUUUAUGAUUUUUUUUGGUUAAGCAACUAGAUCCCCCAUUCCCCUUCCCUCUCUCUGUAGGUCAUUAAUAUUAGAUAGUUAGAUACCCUUUUCCCUGUGGUAUCAUCCUCUAUAUUUUCUGUUCAAUUUUGUUUAUCAUAACUUGUCAAAUUGACUGAUUUCUCUUAAUGUGAAUUUGGUAGAUAAGAGGUUCACUGGA